AUGGGCUACGACUGUCAGCGCUUCACCGAAGACAUCUCGGAAGAGCUCCUGUGCUCCAUAUGUAGCGAAGUGUUGGAGGAGGCGCUGACCACCGACUGCGAGCACCUCUUCUGCCGCCAGUGUAUCACCGAAUGGCUGUCCGUCAACAGGACCUGCCCUAUAGACCGGCUGUACAUCACGUCCCGUAACCUGAAGGCCGCCCCCCGUGUUGUCCGCAAUCUGUUGGGGAAACUGGAGAUCCGGUGCGACUUCGCCACCGAUGGCUGUCAGACGAUAGUGGCGUUGGAAGCGCUCGACAAACACGUGAAUGACUGCUACUAUAACCCGAAGAAGCGGAUCGCGUGUAUGAAAGGGUGCGAUAAGUGGAUGACGAGGGAGGAGCUGAAGACGCAUAACUGUUGGCAAGACAUCCGCAGAGAUAUGUUGAGACAAGAGGUGGUGAUCCGCGAUCUCAAGAGGUGGAGGAAUGCCUUAGUCUUUGCGAUUGUCCUGUUGUUGGUGUACAUCACGUGUCCGGCGCUGUUGUUUAGCUUUUAUUUGGAAAAUCUCUUCAUUUUGCUCCCGAAUGGUGAUGACAGCGGUUCCAAUGGAUCCGAUAAAUGA